GGGAGUCGGCCAUCUUGGGUUCGCCCGGACUGUGAGCGAGCGAGCGAGGGAGGGACUGGCGGGUUGCGGAAGUGGCCGCGUUCGCUCGCCCAUAGUGGAGAGAGAGAGGCGAGAAGGAGAGUCCAGGGGCCCCCACCUUUCCCCGGCCAGCACCGUCUCUAGCGAGGAGGAUGGCAGGGCGGCUACCGGCGUGCGUGGUGGACUGCGGCACGGGGUAUACAAAACUGGGAUAUGCUGGAAAUACAGAACCACAGUUCAUCAUUCCUUCAUGUAUUGCAAUCAAGGAAUCGGCAAAAGUUGUUGAUCAAGCACAAAGGAGGGUUACGAAAGGUGUGGAUGAUUUAGACUUCUUUAUUGGGGAUGAAGCAAUAGAAAAACCAACUUAUGCAACAAAGUGGCCUAUCCGCCAUGGUAUAGUUGAAGACUGGGACUUGAUGGAGAGGUUUAUGGAGCAAGUUAUCUUUAAAUAUCUAAGAGCAGAACCGGAAGAUCAUUACUUUCUUUUAACUGAACCUCCACUAAAUACUCCGGAAAAUAGGGAAUAUACUGCUGAGAUAAUGUUUGAGUCCUUCAACGUUCCAGGACUGUACAUUGCUGUUCAGGCUGUCCUUGCCUUAGCUGCAUCUUGGACAUCGAGACAGGUUGGAGAACGGACAUUGACUGGCACAGUUAUAGACAGUGGAGAUGGUGUUACUCAUGUUAUUCCUGUGGCUGAAGGCUAUGUGAUUGGCAGCUGUAUCAAACAUAUUCCAAUUGCAGGACGAGAUAUAACAUACUUCAUUCAGCAACUGCUGAGAGAGCGAGAAGUAGGAAUUCCUCCUGAGCAAUCCUUGGAAACUGCUAAAGCAGUGAAGGAACGCUUUAGUUAUGUCUGCCCUGACUUAGUAAAAGAAUUUAACAAGUAUGACACAGAUGGUACAAAAUGGAUUAAACAAUAUACCGGAAUCAAUACAAUUUCAAAGAAAGAAUUCACCAUUGAUGUUGGCUAUGAGAGAUUCCUGGGGCCAGAGAUCUUCUUUCAUCCUGAGUUUGCUAAUCCUGACUUCACACAACCCAUUUCAGAAGUAGUAGAUGAAGUUAUUCAGAAUUGUCCUAUUGAUGUUAGACGUCCUCUGUAUAAGAAUAUUGUCCUCUCUGGAGGUUCGACCAUGUUCAGGGACUUUGGUCGCCGUUUACAACGAGAUUUGAAAAGAACUGUUGAUGCCCGGCUGAAACUCAGUGAGGAACUGAGUGGUGGCAGACUGAAGCCCAAACCUAUUGAUGUACAAGUCAUUACACAUCAUAUGCAAAGAUAUGCAGUUUGGUUUGGAGGAUCAAUGCUGGCUUCCACACCUGAGUUCUAUCAAGUAUGCCACACCAAAAAAGAUUAUGAAGAGAUUGGUCCUAGCAUCUGUCGUCACAACCCAGUGUUUGGAGUCAUGUCUUAAAACUGACCUGAGAGGGGUCAGGGCUAGGGAAUGGGGGGAAAAGGAGGGUCUUUCUGAUUACUUGUUUGUCUGGAUGGCGGGUAUUAAGAUAACAAACAUGACUUGACAAUAAGAAAAAGACCAAACACAAUUAAACAGGAAUAUUUUAAUAAGUGUCUCUAUGCGGAUAUAGUGGAAAGCCAAAAUAAUUAAAAGUGUUUUUCUUUAGAUUGAAUAUUUGAACCUGUGUGUAACAAAACAAAGAAGUGGGUUUUAGUUCUUUCUGUGCCCUGAUAUUUUGUAUAUUAAUGAAUUAUCCAAGAUUUGAUGGGAUUUGACGGUGUGUAGAUAGAUAAUCAGCUCUCUAAUGCUUCAGUUGUACUCUUACAUGUGUACAAUGCAAGAACUUGUUUAUAUUUCAUACUUUUUUAUACUCUGAGGAGAAAUAUCAAUUAAAGAAAAACUGUAAUAUUUGAGGAAAAAUACCAGUGACCAACUUAAUGGUAAAUUAAAAAAUAUAUAUAUUGGGCACAUGAAGCUUACUCAUGUGACUCUAGUUAUUGCAAAUUAUGACCAAUCUGAAUCCUCGGUUCCAACUUUGGAAGUGCUUUUGGAACAAAGAAGCUAGUAUCUUGGGUUAACCGAUGCCUGCUAGUGCUUUCUGAUUACUCGGUGCAUUUUCAUUCUAUUUCUUGCUUAAAAAAACAAAAGUAAAGACAAGACUGUUCGACCAGUAUUGCAGUUCCGUAGUGUCAUUUCUAAUUAAAAAAAAUAAUCCCAUUAUCAAAAGUGGUGUAUUUUAAAGCCUAACACCAUUCCAAUAAAGGCACAGCAUUUCUUUUUAUAUUUGUGUGAGGCUUUGUUGAUCACAUUGCAUGAAAUCUUCAUACACACCUCAGCUAGUUUGCAAGAUAGAGAUCACCAUGUGCAUUGUUCAAACUAAAAUGAAAUUUUGAGAACUGAAAUUUGUGUGGCGUCCUCUAAAUUAAUCAGUCUAUACAUCUCAGUAUUUGGUCUUUAUUCAUCUCCAUAGCUUAUUGCUACACUUUUUUCCUUUCAUUUCAGAGACAACAUUGCCUUUUUUCAAUUUUCAUAGCUUAUGUGCAACCGUAAAAUGAAGCUCAAGUUUUUAUAGUUUCUAGAAAGAAGUUGAGUGUACUUAAUGUGAUCUGCAAUCUCUGUUAAUGUUUGAACACAGAAAAUACAGGGAAAUCUUUCUGAAGAAUGUGUAGCAGGAGGAUUUUCUGCUGGACUCACAAAUUUAGUUAAACCAGUUUAUACAGAAGACCACAAGAGGGAGAUCUUUUUAUUUGAUUUUGUUUUUCUCCACUGAAAUGAAAAAUGGAGAGACUCGAAAUCAAGGGUAGAGGAAAGAGAUGAACUUUUGGAUGUGAUAUCUUUCAGUCACUUGGAAGAGAAGAGAGCAUGACAAAUGAGAGCUUUCCAGAAAAUGAGGAUAAAUAUGGAAAGGCAUUUUUACAACUAUUACUAAGACAUUUCAUGUGCAGCAGCUAAAAAUAAACAAACUGGAAGCAAAAUAAGAAACUGUUAAACAAUCAUGAUAUAAAAUUACCUUAAUAUCUUUUGAAUAAAAUGCUAGGUACAAUU